UUAGAUUCCAAGGUAAACAGUUGCUUCUUCAGCUGUCUCUUGUUUCACUUCUCGCUUUCGCUCUUUCCCACACUCUUCAUUUUCCCUUCAUUUUCCCACUCGUUAUUUUCAAGUUUCAGCUUCAAAUAUCGAAAGAAUUCCUCAACUUUCUCAAUUAUCUUUCUUUCUUUUUUCAUUUUAAUUCGUGGGCAACUCAAAACUCUUCUUCUAACUGUUUCCUUUUUAGCUCAGCUCCGCUCAGCCGAUCCAGUUUUGUCUUCGUUAAGGAAUGGCUGGGAAAGUUGUGAAUGCUCUGUCAGCUAGUUUCUCUGAGUAUGAGUUUGUGGAAGGUGAUGAUGAUGACAAACUUAGAACCGUAAUCGAGGCGUCCAAUCCGAUAAUUCCUUGGAUUGACCCUUCUGUAUUGAAACUUCGGCAUAGGAUCGGAAGGGGUGCUUUCGGCGAUGUUUGGUUAGCGACUUAUCAAUGUUCCACCAAAGAUUAUGAUCAGUAUCAUGAAGUAGCCAUCAAGAUGUUGCAUCCAAUUAAGCAGGAUGCCAUGAGGACUUUAUUGGACAAAUUUGGUGAUUUGUACUCCAAGUGCCAGCAUGUGAAUAAUAUUUGUUCUCUUCAUGGAAUUUCUAUUAUAAGUGGAAGGAUAUGUAUUGUUAUGAAAUUUUAUGAGGGGUCUGUUGGAGAUAAAAUGACGCGCCUUGAGGGAGGAAAGCUCCCAUUUCCAAAUGUUUUGAGGUAUGGAGUCAUUUUGGCACAGGGAAUUUCGGAAUUGCAUUCGAAAGGGAUAUUGGUUCUUAACCUCAAACCAUUUAACUUUCUUCUUAAUGGAACUGACCAGGCAGUUUUAGGGGAUAUUGGCAUUCCGUAUCUUCUCCUGGGAGUCAGUUUGCCUAGCUCAGAUACGACACACAGGCUUGGGACGCCCAAUUACAUGGCUCCAGAACAGUGGCGACCGGAAAUAAGAGGUCCAUUAUCAUUUGAGACCGAUUCAUGGGGAUUCGCCUGUAGCAUUGUGCAGAUGCUCACUGGCGUUGUACCUUGGCAUGGGAAAUCGGCUGAUGAAAUUUAUGACCUGGUUGUUAGAAAACAGGAGAAACCACUGAUUCCAAGUGGCCUUCCACCUCUAGUUGAGAAUUUUCUUCUUGGCUGCUUUGAGUACGACUUCAGAUGUCGCCCAUUGAUGAAAGACAUAUUGCGCGUGUUCAAAAGCUUAGAGAUCGGAGGUGAAGAUGUUGUGCAUUGGACAGUGUCGAACAAAAAGAGUAGCAACACUGCCUCUGACUACAAAGAGUGGUUUCUUUCAAAGGAUUGUUUGCAAGUGGGGGACGAAGUGCGGUCCAGAAAGCCACCUAGGUCAUGCAAACCUGAAAAUAUGGAUGUUCCAGAAGGAAAUGUGGUGGGUAGCACAGAUGAAGAUGGUUUUGUUUUGGUGAGGGUUAGUGGCAUUCAUGACCCGUUAAGAGUUCAUGUUUCAAGACUUGAGAGGGUCACACUUGGGUUAGCAGCUGGAGACUGGGUGCGUUUGAAAGAGGAAGACAAAAGGCACUCACCUGUAGGCAUUCUUCAUUCCAUUGACCGUGAUGGAACCGUUUCUGUUGGGUUUAUAGGGUUAGAAACUCUUUUGAAGGGGAGUUGUUCAGAGUUUCAGAUGGCAGAAUCUUACUGCAUUGGUCAGUUUAUCAGGCUGAAAUCUAAUGUGCUUAGCCCUCGCUUUGAUUGGCCUCGUAAAAGAGGAGGUAUUUGGGCUACUGGGAAAAUUUGCUGGAUCCUACCAAACGGAUGCCUUGUCGUCAAGUUCCCAGGAAGAUUAAGUAUCCAAGAAGAAUCGGGAGAGUUUUUGGCUGAUCCAGCUGAAGUAGAAGUGGUUUCCUUUAAUAAUUGUCCAGGGUUGAUGAAAAAGUAUCAGCAUCUUGAGGAUUUUCAUUGGGCUGUGAGGCCACUUGUAGUUGCAUUGGGUCUAUUUACAGCAAUGAAGGUGGGAUUUUUUAUCGGUAAGAAAAUCAGGAGAUCGAAGGCGGGGCGACGUAGCAGCUCGAUUCAUAGUGAGGUGCAACAUAUGGAUGAACAGACUGAUGGCAGCCCAGCAUGGGUUCCACCACCAGUGGCAAAUAUUCUUUUCAGGGAGGGUGCUGCGCCUGCUCGCUAGUUCAUACAGUAGUCAUAGGAAGCAAUUACCAACUCUACUGUAUAAGAUUUGCAGUCAUUAACUAUGUGUUUCUACUGUAAAUGAUUAUCUAGAACAUGUUAUCACAUUAAACUAGUUAAUUAUCUACGUGU